AACUCUCGAAUGUAUUGUAGACCGUACACAUCACUAUACAAGUGUGUGUUUACAACAAUAAUGCAUGCAUAGUGAUGUGAUUGUACAUUGUAGUAUGAUCUCAUUUAUGCAGUGUAUUUGAAUGUGUGUGCUUCUUCAUGUUUAAAAAAGAGGAUUAAAUAUAUGUGCAGUAGAACAAACAUAAUGUAUAGAUUAACGUGUGGAGAAACACCUUUCAUCAUUGUAACGUUGAUGGUAUGCAUUCCUUAUGCGGCACACUUAUAUUUUACAAGACAUGCAUAUGAUCUCUUUAUUGAAAAUAGAACAUUUAUAAACACAGACAACGCAAGAAAAAGAAAUCAAUAUUUCUCUGAUGUUAAAUCGGAAAUGCUUUCUCAAACAAAUGAAAGCGAAAAGUGGAAGCAUAUUUCAUUUUUGAAAGUUCCAAAAAGCGGAUCAAGUACGACUGCCUGUAUUUUCAUACGAUUCGGUAUCAACAAUAACCUAUCUUUGUUUUUGCCAAAACGAAAUACUAUUUCGGAAAAAAUGCAACAAAAGCUAAUUAGAGAUAACAAGCACUAUGAUAUUUUUGUAAUACACACGAAAUACAAUUAUUUAUUUUUUUCGCACAUUGUAAAAAACUCUAAGAUUAUUGGAACAAUUCGGAAACCAGAAACGAGACUUGUCAGUCAUGCUUUCUAUUUCAGACUUUAUAAAAAGUACCCUAAUUUAUAUGGAUUAAGUGACCAAGCAUUUAUAAACAAAGUGGUCAUGGAUACACCUAGAUAUAACGUGCACAAUAUAAUGGGGUCAUAUUUUGGUUUGAAUAAUCAAAGUAUAACAAGGCAAUCUUUACAGAAGAAGCUGGAGAAACUUAACAUUGAGUUUGCAUGUGUUCUUAUUAUGGAAAAAUUUGACGAGUCACUAAUUAUUUUGAAAAGACUUCUUCGUUGGUCCUUUUUCGACAUUAUUUACGCGCCUAAAAAGACAAAACACAAUGAUGGCAUUUAUUUGAAUGAACGUCAAAUUAAACAUUUGGAGCAGACUAAUAAUAUUGAAUAUGCGAUUUACAACUAUUUCUACAUUGAACUUGAAAGAAAAAUUCAAAAUGCAGGACAUAAUUUCGUUCAAGAGGUUGCACAUUUUAAGCAGAUUCUAAAUCAGACACGUCAUUUUUGCAAAAACAAAAGGCAUUACAAGGCUUCAUUUUAUACAUUUCAGGCUUCCGAAUGGGAUGAUAGUUUUUCAGUUUCUAAAUCAGAUUGUAUUAUAAUAUUUAACUUGGACGUUGUUAGUCUAAAGGCAGGCCGUUACACAAAAAUUUGAAAAGGUCAUCAUGCAGAUUAAUCAUUUCUAAUAUUAAGCGACAAAUAAAUAAAUUUUAUAGACUUACACCAUAUUCAAUAUUUCAUACUAGAUCUUCAGCUAUUUCCUUUUAAACCCCUUUAAAUAUAGGGAUUGUUACCUAGUUUGAAUUGAUCUGAAAUUUCUCGCCAAGGUCAAUGGAGCCAAUUAUUAUGCGACACAUCAGCCUGUAUUUUUUGCCUGAUGAUUUUCAUCUUUAAACGGAUGGCUAUUUUAUGGUUAAAUUCCUUUUAGAUU